GAGGUUCAAUUAAAAGAAAUCAAACGUUCAACAUUUUUUGUUCUGUCAACUGUCUUCCUCUAUUGAUAGACUGAGUAGCAGUGAAAUACUUGAAAAUGACAAUUGCAAAUUAUGCAUUGCAAUUAUGUAAUAAUCAAUAAGGAAUUCUAUGAACUUGAGGUUAUUGAAGAAGAAGUGUGGAAGUAUUGAUUGGAAGAUGAAACUGCACGACGACGAAAUAUAUCAAGCAACUAAAGAUUCCCCCGACCUUCCAAAUCAAACAUUCUAAAACAACUAAACUACAUGACAAAUAAAACACGUUGUACAUUAAUAGAUCGAUCCAAUUUUAAGAUAAUUACCCGAUAGAAUAAAGUGUUAAAUGUAAUAUCGAAUCAUACUUAGCGAUCAGGAAUUUACAGUAAUUACCUUCAGGUUAACAAGUCCGUAGCCUUUCGAAAAUUGACAUAUUUAAUGCUCGACCUUUGGCGAAAAUCCAUAAUUCUACGGGUUGCCUGCCGACCGAACAAUAAUAAUAAUAUGGGGUUGUUUUUAUUAUUUAUCGGUGCCGUUGUGAUUUUUGUGCUCUUGAAUAGAUGGUGGUGUUUUUGGUGUAGGAGUAAGGUCUGUUUGGUGGGAAAAACAGCCAUCAUUACCGGAGGAGCUUCAGGUAUUGGUUAUCAAACGGCCUUAGCGUUGGCCUCAAAGGGAUGCCGAAUCAUUAUAGCUGACAGGGCAAAUAUAGCACAGGCGGUGGAGAAAAUCAAGCAACUCACGCAUAACACCAACAUAGUUGGUAAACAAAUUGAACUUUCGUCUUUUAAAUCAGUAAGAGAGUUCGCGAAAAGUAUCAUAGAGACCGAACCAAGACUGCACAUUCUGAUUUGUAAUGCCGGUAUCGGAGACUAUCGGAUACGGACCAUCACUGAAGAUGGAUCGGAAAGAACCAUGCAGAUCAACUACUUAAGCCACUUUCUUUUGGUCAAUUUGCUUAUUGAUCUUUUAAAGAAAUCAGCACCCAGCAGGAUCAUCUUUACCAGCUCCCAAGUGGCAUACUUCUCAGAUUUAUCAGUGGAGAACAUGAUGCCUAAGGAAUCGUAUUACAAAAGAUGGCUGAUUAAAUUUAAUGGUGGAGUCUACAGCAAUUCUAAACUGGCCAUGGCAGCGGCAGCCAAAAUGUUCGCUGACAGACUGGAUGGUACCGGAGUUACAGCCAACGCAAUUCAUCCUGGAAUUGUUAAGACUCAAAUUAUCAUGAACGCCAUUAGGAAUGAUAAGAAUAUUUUUGGUUAUCCGUUUAUGUUGCUUUUUUAUUUAAUCGGGAAGACUUCAGAAGAAGGUGCACAAACACUGAUCCACCUCGCUCAUUCAGACGAAGUAAAAGACGUUACAGGACAAUCGUUCAUUGAGGGAGUCCGAUGGAUAAAACCUUUCCAGAUUACCGACACAUUUUGCAAGGAACUUUGGGAUAUUUCUGUUAAAUUAAUUCAUUUGCAAUCUGACGAAAUGACUUUAUAAAUGUUGUAAUGAAAAGUUAAUGUAGUAAAUUUACUCUCAAUGAGAAUAUGUGAUAUUUUUAUAAAUUGAAUGGUUUGGACAUUAA